AUGGCCUAUGUGGUGCCCAUUCACCGAGCAAGUGGCAUCCGCCAUGCGGUGAAGCUGAACUUCAUCAACGCUGAAGAAGACUGCUUGGUCGUAGCAAAAGCCAAUCGGCUCGAGUUCUAUACCUUGACCCCCGAUGGUCUCACCUUGGCGCAGACUCACGCGGUAUACGCGCAGGUCACCAUGCUCGCGCGACUCCCAGCACCAGCCAAUUCGCCGACCGAUCACCUAUUUGUCGGCACUGACCAAUAUAACUUUUUCACUCUGGCAUGGGAUUCUUCCAAAAAGAAGGCCCGCACGGCGCGUAGCUACGUUGAUAUUGCAGAGCCAUCAGCUCGCGAAUCCGAGACCGAUCCGCGAUGCUUGGUUGAUCCUAGUGGACGCUUCAUGACGGUUGAGAUCUAUGAGGGCGUCAUUGUUGUGAUCCCGAUCAUCGAGCCGACCAAGCGGAAGGGGAGGCCAUCGCAAGCCAUUCAGCAAGCCGAGCCCCCGCAGGUGGGUGAGCUCGGUGAGCCAACCGCGACCCGGAUCGAUGAACUCUUCGUGCGGUCUUCGGCGUUUCUUCAUUCUGGGUCCAACCAACCAUGGCUAGCGCUGUUGUACGAGGAUAACCAGAAGAAGGUCCGCCUUCGGAUUCGGGAGCUGGAGUACAGUCGGGCGACUUCAAGUGGGCCGGCCGAUGCGACCUUCAAAGAAGUCCAAGAGAAGAAAUUGGAUGGUGGUAUCUUUGCGCAUGAAUUAGACAUGGGCUCAUCACACCUGAUCCCAAUUCCGGCACCAUUAGGUGGUCUGAUAGUCCUUGGAGAGACAUCCAUCAAGUACAUUGAUGACAAUGCCAACGAUAUGAUCUCGAGGGACCUUGAGGAGGCUACUGUUUUUGUGGCCUGGGAAAAGGUCGACAGCCAGCGGUGGUUGCUCGCCGAUGAUUAUGGGAGACUCUUCUUCCUCAUGUUGGUCCUAAACAACGAAGGGGAGGUUGAGGACUGGAAGUUGGACUUUUUAGGAAACACGUCUCGCGCCACAAAGCUGGUCUAUCUUGGCGGAGGAAUCCUGUUCGUUGGUUCCCAGCAAGGUGAUUCCCAAGUGCUUCGCAUUGGCGACGGCUCCUUUGAGGUCCUCCAGACUCUGUCCAACAUUGCUCCCAUUCUGGAUUUCACCCUCAUGGAUCUCGGCAACCGCACAAACGACGUGCAGACACACGAGUUCUCCACUGGACAGGCCCGCAUCGUCACUGGGUCCGGUGCGUUUGACGACGGAUCCUUGAGAAGCGUGCGAAGUGGGGUUGGCAUGGAAGAAUUGGGAGUGCUUGGUGAAAUGGAUCAUAUCACCGAUCUUUGGGCUCUCAAGGCUAAUAGCGCAGGGGAAUUCCUCGACACAUUACUUGUUACAUUUGUCGACGAGACGCGUGUCUUCCGCUUUAGCAGUGAGGGUGAAGUCGAGGAGCUGGAAGAAUUUGUCGGAUUAUCUUUGACAGAGAAUACGCUUCUAGCAUCGAACCUGCCAGGUAACCGCAUUUUACAAGUGACCGAGAAACGCGCCGUCAUUUCCGAUCUUGAUGGUGGCAUGAUUACUUUUGAGUGGUCAUCUCCGUCACAAAAGGCGAUCACUGCCGCUUCAUCAAAUGACGACCAUCUGGUGCUGGUUGUCGGUGGUCAAAUAUUGGCAACCUUCUCCUUGCAGAAUGAGGCUCGCCUAAUCCUAGAGAAGGAUAUGGGAGCGGACCUGCAGAUCUCUGGAGUGACGGUCCCGUCCAAGCCCGCUGGAGUCUGCGUUGUGGGUUUCCCACAAAGCGCCAAGGUCGCGAUUUUGGACAUGUAUGAUCUGUCCGAGCUUCGAAGCCAGUCUCUUGGGCAGACCGGGGACGCGUUUCCUCGUUCAGUGCUGGUUGCAGAUGUCUUGGCUGACUCUCCCCCCACGCUGUUCAUAUCCAUGGCUGAUGGCAGUGUGAUCACAUUCACAUUGGAUCCAGAAACCUUUGCACUGAGCGAAAUGACGAAAUUGAUCCUUGGAUCCGAACAGCCAACAUUCAAAAAACUUCCCCGGGGUGAUGGGUUGUGGAAUGUCUUUGCCACCUGCGAGAAUCCUAGUCUUAUCUACGGUUCCGAGGGCCGGAUUAUCUACUCUGCAGUGAACUCGGAAGGAGCAUCACGUAUCUGCCAUCUUAACGUCGAGGCCUUUCCCGGAUCGAUUGCGGUGGCUACAACGCGGGAACUCAAAAUCGCCCUGGUCGACAAGGAGCGGACAACUCAAAUCCAAACACUACCCAUGGGCUCGACUGUGCGCCGGGUAGCCUACUCACCCUCCGAGAAGGCAUUCGGACUUGGCACAAUCGACCGCAAAUUGGAGGACGGCGUAGAAAUCGUGAAAAGCCACUUUGUCCUUGCAGACGAGAUCCUUUUCCGGCGUCUCGAUGCAAUCGAACUUCACCCUGAUGAACUUGUUGAGAGUGUGAUUCGCGCCGAGUUGCCGGCCGGGAAGGAUGAGACUGGAAAAGAGCUGAAGAAGGACAGAUGGAUUGUGGGCACGGCCUACUUGAGUGACGAGCGAGAAGAUUCGAUCCGCGGGCGGAUCCUUGUCAUGGAGGUUGACCACGGUCGAAAGUUAACCCAGGUUGCUGAAUUAGGGGUUCGCGGUGCGUGCCGUGCCUUGGCGAUGAUGGGUGACCGUAUUGUUGCAGCACUGGUGAAGACUGUGGUUGUUUACAAUGUGGCCAAUGACAAUUUCAGCAAGAUGAAGAUUGAAAAAACAGCGACCUAUCGCACAUCGACUGCACCCGUGGACCUCACGGUUGUCGGUGAUCUGAUUGUCGUGGCAGAUCUGAUGAAGAGUGUCUGUAUCGUUCAGUUCACCGAGGGACAAGACGGGGUGAAUGACAAGUUGGACGAAAUUGCACGCCAUUACCAGACUGUCUGGAGCACAGCAGUUGCGUCUGUUGACCAAGACAUGCUGCUUCUCAGUGAGGCAGAAGGCAAUUUGGUCGUGCUCUCUCGAAAUCAAGGCGGCGUCACCGAGCAAGAUAAGCGCCGCUUAGUGCCUACCAGUGAAAUUCGCCUGGGUGAAAUGGUCAAUCGAAUUCGCCCAAUUCACAUCCAGCAGCUCGCUAGUCUGACAGUGACACCGCGGGCUUUCCUCGCUACGGUUGAAGGUUCCAUUUAUCUCUUCGCUCUGAUCAACCCUGAGCACAAUGACUUCCUCAUCACGCUGCAGAAUGUCAUAGCCAGCAAAAUCGAUUCCCUGGGCGGACUAUCGUUCGACAAAUUCCGGGCUUUCCGGACACUGACCCGAGCUGCAGAGUCGCCGUAUCGCUUCGUGGACGGCGAGCUGAUCGAGAAGUUCCUUGAUUGCGAUUCCGCACUGCAGGAAGAGAUCCUCGCUGAGGUGGGCUCGCGAGACGUGGCGGAAGUUAAAGGAAUGGUCGAAGCCUUGAGACGGUUACAUUGA